GAGAAGGUGAAGAGAGAAAAUGCAGACCUUUCCCCCUAACCUCUGAGAUGUACCCAGCCAGAGUGUGUCCCUGACGGCACGGAUCAGGAGUCGGAGUUUCUCGAGAUCCAACAUUAAGACGGCUUCCCCCAAGAUGUGCCUGUGAACCGAGGCGAAAAGAUGCCACGCACCAAGCAGAACAACCCGAAAAAUUUAAAAGGGAUAUCUGAGGGCAGUCGAAGAAAUGCAGACAACUUAAAAGGCCUGAAAAGGAAAAAGGUUGUAGCAGAGAACCAGCUUAAGAAAAUUCCCAAAUCUCCAGUGAAGAAACCCCUUCAAGCCAAAGUAUCUGAAACUAUUCUCCAAGAAGCAUUGUCCAAGGAAACCACACCCUCUUGCUCGUCCUACCCUAACAGCCCUUCCCACAAUACGCCAAGGUCAUCCAGUGGGAAUAGGGAACCUGAAUAUGCCCAAACAUUUGCGGGAUCCCCUGAGGAAGGGACUUCCUCCACUGACCAUGGAAGGCUAAAGCAGGGACAAACAUCUUCCUCAUCACAGUUUAAAAUUCCUGUUAGGAAUGAAGACGUGUCUUUGACUGCCUUUAACGUGUCCCAGCUUAAAGACAGCAAGAGCAGUGACCCCAGCUUUAAAGGAGAAUCUUACCACACUAGUGCUCCCCUUGAGGUGUUACUAAAGGCCAUGGAGCCUGACUUUAGUACUUUGGCUGAGAAGAAAAAUUCCUUCCAGGUCACAGCCAUUAAGAAACCAGCUCCAGUUCUCACUGCUCAGUCCAGUAAUGAAAUAAACACAAUACCGGCUGUCAAUUUUAGUCUUCAAACUCAACCUGCACACAUGCAAACUUAUUAUGUGGACAAACAAGGUAACGUCAUAGGCAUUGCAGCCCCUCUACAUGGUAAUAUGCAGACCUCAACCCAGGCUACUCCACUACAUUCGUCCCAGCAUGCUAUGCCACAUUUUAUACCUGUUGUUUCCAGUCAGGAAAAGCGGGGCUUGCACAUGAACUUUAGUAGUAGCCCUUCCACCAUAACACAUGCCCCUGUUCCCUCCCCUGCCUUGCCACAAAGCCAGCCACCAGUGGUGCACACAUGCCAGUCACUCUCAGCCAGUGUUCCCAGCACUAUUCAAGUUCCUGUUACCCCUGGCUGCAACCAAGUCCAGAUGGCGACAGUUAUGAACUUUGGUCAUGACCAGGCAGUCAAGGAACAGAAGCCAAAGAAGCAGGGCAAGCACGUUUGUGAAUACUGCAAUCGGGCAUGUGCAAAACCUAGUGUGCUACUCAAACAUAUCAGGUCUCACACAGGAGAAAGACCAUACCCAUGUGUUACCUGUGGCUUCUCAUUCAAGACCAAGAGCAACUUGUACAAGCACAAAAAGUCACAUGCUCAUGCCAUAAAGCUGGGUCUUGUCGCACGCUCUGAAUCUGGAAGUGGAUCCCUCUCCCAAGAAUCUGACAAAGCCACCGGAACACACUCAGAGGCAGAGGAGAGUGGGGAUAGUGACGAGGAAAGUAGCACUGCAGACUUGGACCCUGACUCUUCACAAAGUAGUGUGGCAGCUUUGUCUGAAAGUAGUUUUCAGAGUGCAAGUAUGGCCCAAGCAAGCCACAGGGAUGGAGACUCCUUGGGUGUCUUGGAGUCCAUGAAAGCAGCCUCUAGUCAGAGGGGCUAUGAGCCCAAAGUGACAGCUGCUCUUCCAAAAGUGGUUGUUUAUCCAGUUAACGUCUCUCCCCUGAGGGCAGACAGCCCAAGGGUUAUAGAUGCAGCACCUGAGCAAGCUGCUACACAGCAGCAACGAGAGUUCCAGACAGCCAACCUGAGGUCCAGCGUCACUGUCCUUUCAUCUUUGAAGGAAGUGGACUGUACAAAUCCCUCAUUAGACACAGUGAGUGAAGAUGAGGACCAGCAGUGUAAGUCUCCACUUCUGGGUGGACAUGCUCAACUUCAGAGACAACAAGCAACAGACUUCUCUCAGCAACAGCAGGCUAAAUGCUUGCUUAGUCCUCGCAGUUUGGGAAGCACAGAUUCUGGCUACUUUUCACGCUCUGAAAGUGCUGAUCAGGCCAUGAGCCCCCCUAGUCCAUUUGUAAAGAUAACUCCACCAGCAGACAUGGACAUUUCCAAAAGCAUUGUUCCUAGUGCCCCUCCAGUAUGCCCCACCAUAAUGCAUGUAACAGCUGAGGAAAAGCCAAGAAUAACACAGGGACAGAUGCAUCCACCACUGGAUACAAAAGAACUCUCUCUAGAAGAGCGAAUCUCAAAGUUGAUAUCUGAUAACGAGGCAGUGGUUGACAACAAGCAGUUGGAUAGUGUCAAGCCAAGGAGAACAUCUCUCUCUAGGAGAGGUAGCAUUGACUCUCCUAAAUCCUACAUAUUUAAAGACUCUUUUCAGUUUGACCUGAAACCAAUGGUAAGAAGGUCAAGUUCCAGCUCAGAUAUACCCAAGUCCCCAUUCACCCCCACAGAUAAAUCAAAGCCAGUAUUCCUUCUCCCUGUACCUCCCCAAUAUCCACCAAUGGAUUGUUUGCCAAUAACAAGGAGUAACUCUAUGCCUACUACACCAGGACACUUGGCUCUUCCCCUCAGUGUUGCCCCUCAGCCCCACCCUUUGCGAAUCUGUCAGUCAUUUGAUGAAAAAAUUAGUUCUCUGAAUGAUGAUGUUUUUUCAUCAGCUCCAUCCACCCCAAAUCCAGCUUUCCAUUCUCGUACCUUAGUGAGGCAAGUAGCAGUGGAGGACUUCUCCACAAACGAGGGCCAUGGCCUCCCCUCAGUUCGUUCCAUGGAUGAGAGCUAUCAUGGUUCUAGUAUUUCUACUGACAUGAUCCAGCGAAGUAGAUCUUUUGAACACAGUCAGGACAGAAACAGGAAGUUGCAGCAGAGUAAAGGAACAAUGUAUGAGUGUGAAACAUGCCGUAACCGGUACAGAAAACUAGAAAAUUUUGAAAAUCACAAGAAAUUCUAUUGUUCUGAGCUCCAUGGGCCAAAAAACAAGCCAGCUGCUGCUAAAGAGGCUGAGCAAGAUGUUUUUCAGGUUAACAUACAGCCACCAUUAGUCCCCAGGUCAACAAACAUCUCAGGAAUACUGGAUCAACAGACAUCAAUUCGAAAGAGAAGGAAAAUGAAAAGUGUUGGAGAUGAUGAUGACCAGUCCCCAACAGACACGACCCCCCCCUGCUCAGUCAGUUUUGAUUCAUGUCAGCUACCAGCAGCUACGGGAGUGCGGACCUUUUCUCAGCAUGCUGUCAGGGUGGACAUACAGCCGAAAGGCAGCCAAACACAACUACCUCAUAUCCAGCUUGUAGCACGAGGUAUCGAUUCUUCAGAUUCCAGACUGUCACCAAUAAGGGAGGCCCAGAUAAGCACCUCCUCUAAAGACAGAGGAGACCUACAGAGGCAAGGCAGUGGUACCUCAGUCAUAAGGCACACCAACUCUCUCAGCAGACCCAGCUCAUUCGAGACAACAGAAUCUUUUGACAGGACCUCGCCUGUUGAUAGUAUGGAAAAAGAUGCCCAGAGCAAGGCCAAACAGGAUGCAAUUGUGAAUAUUUCAACUGACAGCUACCAUGAAAAAAUGUCAUUACCAAAAGGUGUUGACUAUAGGAAACAAGGGGUUGAACAUCGUGCUGAUGGCAAAUUAACAUCAGUUGGGGAGAUCACUUCCCCUAUACAUCAGUCUCGACUGGUCCGUCAAAACAAUAUCCAGGUCCCUGAAAUUCUGGUAACGGAGGAGCCUGACAGAGAACAUGAGACACAGACAACUGAACCAGCAGAUAAGCCUGCAGAUCCAUUCAACUGGCCUCAGAGGAGUGAAAGUUUGUCAAAGCUGCCAGCUGAGAAACUCCCACCUAAAAAGAAAAGAAUUCGCCUUGCUCAAAUGGACCACUCCUCAGGAGAAUCCAGUUUUGAGUCCAGCCUCUCACGGAGCCUCAGCAGGGACAGUAGUCUCUCUCGUUGCUCCAGUGUUUCAGCCUCUUUUGAUAGAGAUGAGCCAUCUAGAUCAGAGAGUCCUUCUAGAGGAGAGUGUCCCAACAAAAUCCCAGAGCCUCAAGGGUUACCAACAGCUUUCAAUACCCUUGGGGUGCCUGGUAUGAUGAGACGUGCAGCCUCCGAACAGAUCAGUUAUUCUCAGCCCUCUGUGGAGAUUUCAUGUGACUACCGUAGCAAGUCGUUUGACUGUGGUAAUGUAUCCCCCAGCAGGUCCUUAUCUCCAGCAGGACAGUCAAAAAAUGUACAGACCUCCCAAGCUGCCCAGGUACCACUCAUUGAAAGGCGACGGGGACCAUUAGUUCGCCAGAUGUCUCUGAAGAUAGGUCCAGAGAGUCAGCAACAUGUCAGGAAACAUAACAUACCACCGGAGAAACUUUCCAUCACAAAUGUAAGCUCUUUAACUCAGCAGAGACCCCAACAGAUUUAUGUUGCCAACAAGUCCCCAAUGGCUCAACCUUUUAUUCUGCAUUCUGGGGAACAACCCUUACAGAGGAAUGAGCAAAUGGUACAAAGCAUUAAUUUGGGCAGCCCAACUCAACAGCCUCAGGUCCAUGGCCUUCCACACCCUUGGCAUCAAAAAUCAAGGGUUCAAAUAUGCCAAAAUGUACAGCAACCUCCAAGCCAGGUCUUGUUGAGUCAUGAAAAGACACAAAAUAAGUUGGCUGACUCUGAGGAAAAGAAUGUGUUUGUGCCCAAGUACCAACUACAGUGCCCAGCUAUGAGAGCUAGCCAAACAUUUUCAUCCUCUAGUGUACAUGGAACUCAGAUAGCCAUGCCAAUUUUAACAAUACCUAUUGCCAAUCAAAUUUUGAAUGUUUCAAAGUCCUCAGAUGUGCUUCAAAAUAUCUUCAUCACACAUCAAGGUCAUCAGACCUCUGAGAUAAAGACACAACCCCUUGUUUUGCCUGGUGGAAAACCAAGGGACCCAUUCAACCAGGGCCACGCAGAUACUGCCCAAUUGCCACAGAUACUGAUAACCCAUGAGCAGAUGAAUGCUGCUCCCUCUGUAUCCAAUAAAACCAGCCUCUCAUCCAUUCACAGUGUAGAUAGUGACAUUCACACUGCACCAGUUGUAUACAAGAACAGAUCUCAAACUCACAUGGUCAUCACUCAGAGCCAUACUGGCGAAAGAGCUCCUUCUCUUGGAUCCUUACAUUGCAAACAGAAACUGGCAUCUGUGACCCUCUGCCCACAGCAGGAGCCCACUGCCUCCAGUAAACGAAUGCUUUCCCCUGCCAAUAGCUUGGACAUCUACAUGGAAAAACACCAAAAGCGGGCAAAGGAUGAACAUGGUGUUGCCUGUCUCACUGAUGGUAGAUCAGUCAACUAUCUAAACUCCAAGAUGGCAGAGGUAACACGCCAGCGGAAACUAACACUGGUCAGGCAGGUUUGUACCACUGAACCAGUGGACAGUCCCAUUGAAACCGAGGCCCCACCUUUGACCAGGGACAAACCAGAAGAAAAGGACUCAGAGGCUGCUGAUGACUGCAAGCCUAUGUCUCCUGACAGUACUGGGCUGGAAAAAGAUACAGCUACUACAGUUGCUCAGGAGCCAGGUGUUGCAGUGAACAUCACUCCAGAUAUUCAUAGAACAUCCAGCCCAACUAAUAACAAUCUAAGGACUCAAGAGAAGGCUGAGGAACAGAGGUGGACACCAGCCAAAUCUCCUAUAAGGCCCUCCAGUUUCCUAAGCGGUCAGGUGAAACUGACUUCAUCUGUGUCUGUGGUCAAUACCAAAGACAGCCAUCGCCUGUCUUUUCCCAGCCUGAAGACAGCCACCACCUUCACAUGGUGUUUCUUAAUGAAGAGGAAACCUCUCCAUGUUGCACAGACUGACCUGAAGAUCUCUGCAUAUGCUGCCUGGGCAGUCAACCCCAACAACCCUAACCCACUUGGCCUGCCAACAAAGGUGGUUAUGUCUCUCUUUGACUCAAAGCAGAGCUCAAAGAAAAUACACUACACUUCGGCUAUAAGGACAAGUGGGAAAUCUGACAUCUUGUCAUACUCGGGCAAGCUGAAGGACAUAAUGUCUAGGGUGCUAAUAACUCAGAAAUCUACAAUGGCUGAAAGCAAGAGUAAAGUGCAACCAGAGACUCAGCCAAUCAGUGAGUCAGACAAGGAUCUGUCAGCCAAAACAGAGCCGAGGCGGGUCAAAAUAUUUGAUGGAGGAUAUAAAUCUAAUGAGGAGUAUGUGUAUGUACGUGGGCGCGGGCGUGGUAAAUACAUCUGUGAGGAGUGUGGGAUCCGAUGCAAGAAACCCAGCAUGUUGCGCAAACACAUACGCACACAUUCAGACGUCCGCCCAUACCACUGCGUCCACUGCAACUUCUCCUUCAAGACAAAAGGAAAUCUGACCAAGCACAUGAAGUCCAAGGCCCACAGCAAAAAGUGCAUGGAGAUGGGGGUGCCUGAGGGUCUCAUUGAGGAUCAGGAUGCAGAGGAUUCGGGUGACCGCAGUCAGGUAGGCAGCACUGAUCGUCCAGAUUCAGAGGUCGAGGACUCUGAGGGUCCUGAUGAUGAGGAGAACGACGACAAUGAGGAGGAAGAAGAGGACAGCCAGGCAGAAUCUGGCCUGUCCACCAACCCUUCUGUGUCUGCAAGCCCCCAACACAUCCCCUCCAACCAGGCUGAGGUCCCUCCUAGUGCCCUCCUAGCCCAGAUGUCCAUCAGUUCAGCACCCCAGCUCCCAUCCCAGCUUCCGUCCUCUGACACACACAUCUCAGACUCGGAGUCUAUCUCCAUGAUGAGUCCUGUGUCCUUGUCCAAGCAGAUGUCCAUUUCUGGGUACUGUUCCAGCCCAGCUCCCUUCCCUAACUCUCUUCCUCCCCUUGCCUUGACCUCAGACUCCUACACUUCCGAUACAGAGUCGGUACACAUGAUGAGCCCUGUGUCACCCUGCAGGCAGAUGUCCAUCGACUACCCUGACUUUGAUGUGCCCCCUAGUCCCCCAGUGCCAGGCAAGGGCUCCAAGCUUGGCCAGGAUGGCUCCUUUGCUCCUCGCUCUAUAUCAUCAAGUGAGUCCGGCAUCCCAGUGGACCGCAGCACUCAGACCUCUUCUGAUGCCCCACAAGGGUCCCUGCACUUUCCCCCUCAGGGCCCUGCUCAUGCAUCAGGAGCAGGGACCCAGACCCACCUAUUCAGCCAUCUGCCCCUGCACUCCCAGCAGCCCUCUCGCUCCUCAUAUAGUAUGGUCCCAGUUGGGGGGAUUCAGCUGGUGCCAGCCGGCUUGGCAGCUUACUCCACCUUCGUUCCCAUCCAGGCCGGCCCUGUGCAGCUCACUAUCCCAGCAGUCAGUGUUAUCCACCGGAACAGCAGCCCGUUGCCAGCCCCGAACACUUCACCUCAGUCAGAGGGUUCUCCCACUCAGCCCCUGGUGGUGCAGGAGCCCAUCAGCAGUGUCUGCUUUCCCCUGGGCCAGGUCACCGGCCUACAGGCUCAGACUCUACAGCCGGUAAGUCUGGAAACUCUUAACCUGAUGGGGUUGACCAACACGGGCCUGGCUUCCACCCAGCUGCUCCCCCAACAAGGGCUCACCCUUAAUGCCACCCUCGGUCUGCAGGUUCUAGCUGCCAGCCCAACCUCGCAGCCCAGUUCUGGGCCCCCGACACAAAUCCCUGGCUUGCAGAUUGUAAACAUCGCCCUGCCUGCCCUCAUUCCCUCCCUGAGCCCUCUCUCCACCCUUAGUCCUCUUCCCGGGCCCCACGAGAGACAGGGGAGCCCAGAGGCUCCCAGGAACUGGCCAUCUCAAAUAGAUCACGGACAAGGUCCUUUGAAGAGCUGCCUCUCUGCCUCACCGCCGGCCCCUCAAGUGCUCAACAGCACUCCAGAAGUGACCUCAGACAGCAGGAGCAGACAAGGAGCAGAGCCGGCACAGACUUUGGAGAAAGGGGAGAGGGGCAAAUCACCACAGCAGCAUCCAUCACCAGCUCCUGAGAUGGGAGCGGACAAUACAAAGAAGUCGCCAGCUGGGGGAACCAGUGAUUCAACAUCUCGGCGGCCGCCGCUGGCACUUUCCCGGCAGAAGGUGACGAAUGACUAUGACGAGGCGUCCAGCGAUGACGAAGGCAAGCUGGUCAUUGCCACCUGAAAAGCCCCAAUCGGAAAGUGCUUGUUAUAGUCCUCUUUUUCGUAAUGCUUGUCACUUUGUAAGACUGAUAACACUUCUUCAGGGGUUUGUUUCUUUACAAAUCGCCUUUCAAAGCACAGAUUCUGACAUUCAUAUUAUACGUGCAAUCAUAUGAUGACCAUGAUUAUAAUGAUGACCAAUUGUUUUCUUUUUACUUUUCGUCAGCUCCAGACAAUUUCUUUCUUCUUUUUUUUUGUACAUGUUGUAUAGACAAUUGUGCCUUUUUGGAGUUUCUUGUUUAGGAACCUGUACAUAAUUCCUUAUAAAUUCUGUAGUUGCUCGUGUUGAUUAAAAAAAAUAGAAGUAGAGGCAAAGAACAAUAGAGGUUAUCAGUUUUAUUUUCGAAAAUUUGUUAUUCGUAAAUUUAUGGAAAUAUAAAUGUUGUAUUGGUAUAUGUACAUUUCUAUGGAUUUUGGGGCAAUGUUUCUGUGUACAGAUGUUGUGUUCAACUAUUUAUUAUAUUCCAUCUAGUGCCCAUUACAAUUCAUAAGUCCAUAGGUAUGUGCAAUAUGGUAGCUUUACAUUGCGGUAUCAAUAUUAUCAACUGUAUCAGUAAAACUUUGUUUA